UCGUGAUCGACACAGCCCAAGUGUCAAACCAAUGCCUUCAUAUAAAAUUGUGUAAUCUCUAAAAAAUAUCGCGAUCAUUCGGAACCCCUACGGCAGGCUCGCUCCAGGAUGUUAUCAAUUUUAAAGCAGACCUCGGCUUCAACGACAAAUCUUCAAAGGGCGCUGUGUAAAUGCUACGCCUCAGUGGUGCAACUGGACAAGAUCCCCGAUUUUCCGGUGAAAAACGAGCCGGUUCUGGGGUACCUGAAGAACUCCCCCGAAAGGAAACAGCUGGAGGAUGCCAUCAAACAGUUGUCCUCCCAGGUGGAGGACGUACCCCUGGUCAUCGGCGAUAAGGAAUACAGGACCGAGGACGUCAGGUAUCAGGUGAUGCCCCAUAACCACAAGCACAAAAUUGCGAAAUUUUACUACGCGAACAAAGAACUUCUAAAUAAGGCGAUACAAGUUGCGACAGAAACCCAGAAGAAGUGGGAUAGGGUGCCUAUUGCAGAAAGGAUCAAGAUCUGGGACAGGGCGGCGACCAUGAUGUCGAAGGAGUGGAGGGCGCGACUGAACGCGGCCACCAUGCUGGGCCAGUCGAAGACGAUGGUACAGGCGGAGAUCGACUCCGCGGCCGAACUGAUCGACUUCUUCCGCUUCAACAGCUUCUUCUUCAAGGAGGCCAUCAAGUACCAGCCGAUAUCGGAGAAUCCGAAGGAGACGCUCAACUCGAUGAGGUACAGGGGCGUGGACGGGUUCAUGGCGGCCGUGGCGCCCUUCAACUUCACCGCCAUCGGCGGUAACCUGGCCUACACCCCGGCCCUUGCGGGUAACGCCGUUCUGUGGAAGCCGAGCGACACCGCCCUCCUGUCCAACUGGCAGAUCUUCAAGAUCUGCAGGGAGGCCGGCGUGCCGGCCGGCGUCGUUAACUUUGUACCUGCCGAUGGACCCGUCUUCGGGGACACCAUCACCGCCUCCCCGUAUUUCGCAGGGUUGAACUUCACGGGAAGCGUGCCUACUUUCCAGAGACUGUGGAACCAGGUCGGUCAGAACCUCAACAAAUACAUAAACUUCCCGAGGCUGAUCGGGGAGUGCGGCGGCAAGAACUACCACUUCGUCCACUCGUCCGCCGACGUGGUUUCGGUCGUGAACGGCACCAUCAGGAGCGCCUUCGAGUACUGCGGCCAGAAAUGCAGCGCGUGCGCCCGCAUGUACGUCCCCGAGAGCCUAUGGCCCAAGAUCAAAGAGGGUCUCAUCGCGGAGAGGAACAAGCUGAAGAUCGGCGACCCCACCGAGGCCGACAGUUUCAUGGGGGCCGUGAUCGACGCCCGGGCCUACGACAGGAUCUCCGGCUACAUAAACCACGCGAAGACCUCGAAGAACCUGUCGAUCAUAGCCGGCGGAAAAUGCGACAACAGUGUCGGUUAUUUCAUCGAACCAACAAUCGUUCAAUCGACAGAUCCUAGGGAUAAGAUCAUGACGGAGGAGAUCUUCGGGCCGGUGCUGGCCGUCUACGUGUACAAGGACGGCAAGGAGGACGAGAUCAUGGGACUCAUCGAGAGCUCCACCCAGUUCGCCCUCACGGGGGCCGUGUUCGCCAAGGACGUCGCUUUCCAGAAGAAGGCCUUGGACGCGCUGAGGAUCACCGCCGGUAACUUCUACAUAAACGACAAGUCGACGGGUAGCGUCGUGGGUCAGCAGCCCUUCGGGGGCGCUAGGAUGUCCGGUACAAACGAUAAAGCCGGAGGACCUCACUACGUCUUGAGAUUCGCCAAUCCUCAGGCGAUAAAAGAAACCUUCCAGCCUCUGAAGGAUAUAACUUAUCCUUACAUGCGCGAAUAGGUCGACAUCCAAUUUGCGUCCUAACUGCGAAAAAACGUAAUCCUCGGUUAUUUUUCAUUAGGUUUCCAAAAAAACUGAACCCAUUUAUCGUCAUUAACCAAUUUUUUUUAAACGUAAGCAAGCUCUAAACUCGUGUUUGUUGAAAUUUGGUCGAUUCGAACUGAAUGUGUUUGCUUUCGGGUUUUAUACAGACUCUAACAUCAGUAUUCAUAUGUGAAUUGUUUACUUCACGGAAGUUUGGUUGUAACCUUUGUUCGAUGAUUUGAAAAAUAUAUUAUCCAGUUAUUCACGAUUAUCUUCUACCUUCUCGAGGACCUCAACCGAAGGAAGUAGCCUCAUUUGUUAGAUGGAAAUGUUUAUGAAAUGAAAAAAGUAUUCUACUCCUUGUACCUUUCAACGGUGUUUUUUUUUUUUAUUAUGUUGAGUUAUCCCCUCUUGUGCGAUUAUAAAAACUGACAAUAUGUUACGUGAAAGACAAGUGGAGACGAAUGUGAAUUGUUCAUUCGAACUUACAUAUCCGAGAUAUGUAUGUAAUUUAGCAUGUAAUAUUCCACGAAUGUAUAUUGGUUCUGAGAAUAAGAUUAGAGUAUAGAAGUCAAGUGUUUUUAUUUUAUAUGUGCAGAGUAUUAUAAUUUUGAUCUGAAAAUAUUUCUAGUAGCAAUAAAAAAUUGUUGUUUUGAAAA